AUGGGAAACCCAGCCCGAGUCCAAAGAUCCGGGGCGUUGAUCUACAGAAAGCGCAGCUCUCCCACCUACACCCCCGAACAAUCGUAUCCCUCGCCCCUGUCACGGCCAGCGUACUCUCUCCCAUCCUCACCACGACACAUCAGCUUCCGGCCCUCAACACCACCGUCUCUCCCAAACUACGAUUCCACCACCCCACAGCCCUGCACUUCACCCAACACGCUCGACACGGAUUCGCAGAUCCUCUGCUCCAGCUGCCAGCUGCCGACGCCCCGGCGCGAUGCACCAACGCUACAGCCAUGCGGCCACGCUACCUGCCGCGCGUGCGUGCGGGCACGACUGCUCGCGGCGUUCCGCAAGCGCCCGUUCGCGCCGCCAGCUUGCUGUGGCCCGGCGACGCCGCUGCCGCUGGCCCUGCUCGGUGCCGUCGCCACAGAGCCCGAACUACUCGCUUACCAUAUGAAGCUGUCCGAGAUGAAGACGGCCCCCACCGAACGCGCCUACUGCUGCGACCCAGCCUGCCGCAUGUACCUCUAUCCGGCGCUCGAGCGCCGCCCGUACUCGCGCACCUGUCCGCGCUGUCUGCGGCGCACGUGUCUGAGGUGCGGGCGGAGGGCGCAUAUGUUCCCUUGUGCACGAGGAGAGAAAGGAGGCGGUUGA